AUGGCCACGCCCUCCUGGCGCACCUGCACGGGCACGCUGUGGACACGGAAACUUCCAGAACCAGGACUGGAACUGGAACCGGAACCUGAACUGGGAGAGAGAAACUUCUGGAACCGGAACUGGAACCGGAACUGGGAAACCUCUGGGACCGGAACCAGGAUCAGAACUGGCACCGGGACCGGGGCAGGGAAACUCUGGAACCGGAACCGGAACUGGGACUGGAAACAGAACCGGGACCAGGAAAACUCCGGAACCAGGACCGGGACAGGGAAACUUCUGGAACCGGAACCGGAACUGGGAUUGGGACCAGGAAAGCUCUGGAACUGGAACCGGAACCGGGACCAGCACCGGGACUGGGAAACAACCAAAACCAGGACUGGAACCAGGACGCUGACUGGAACCGGAGCCAACCGGGACUGGGAACAGGGAAUCUCUGGAACCGGGGCUGGGAAACCACCGGAACCGGAGCCCUGCGGAACCGGGACCGUCCCACAGACAGGACCGUUCCGGAACCGGAACCCCCCCAGAACCAGAACCGGGACCGUUCCGGAACCGGGACCCCCCGGAGCCGUCGGACAGGAGGGGAAGGGACUCGAGGGCGCGUUCCCAUGGCCACGGACCUUUGGGGGGGACCCCUGGGACCCCAAACUCCAUUCCUGGCCCCAAGAUCCAUCCCGGACCUUCGGGAAUCCAUCCCGGAUCCUGGAAUCCAUCCCGGACCCUGGAAUCCAUUCCAAAUCCUGGAAUCCAUCCCGGACCCCCCCAAAUCCAUUCCAGAGCCCAAGGAUCCAUUCCAGACCUUUGGGAAUCCACUCCAGAUCCCCGAAAUCCGUUCCAGACCCUCGGGAAUCCAUUCCCGACCCCCCCAAAAUCCACGUUGGAGCCCCCAGAUCCGUUCCUGACCCCGCGAGUCCAUUCCUGACUUUUGGGAAUCCAUUCCAGACCCCAAAAAAUCCAUUCCAGACCCCCCAGAAUCUGUUUCAGACCCCCUGAAUCCAUUCCAGACGUUUGGGAAUCCAUUCCAGACCCCCCAAAUUCCAUUCCAGACCCCCCCAAAUCCAUUCCAGACCCCCCAAAAUCCAUUCCGGACGCUCGGGUGACCCCACCCCUCCCCCCCCAGUGUCGGGACCCCUCCGGUGUCACCAAGAGAGACAAAAAGAGGGAAAAUGUCCCCAAAAUGUCCCUGGGGGCUGCCCCCGCCCCUCCCCCCAUUAAAGCCCCUCCCAUCUGCGCUGCCCGUGCGAUCUC